AGCCGCCACACCGAUCUUUUCCUUCCUAUAAAUAACCCCCUGCCAUGCAUGAGCUCUGAAACUCAAUUUCAGAAUUUCUCCUGGUUUUCUGUCUGCAAUGCAAAAAUAUGGAGCAAAGCUUACCGGCUUAUUAUAAAGUUCUUGGCGUCACUGUGGACUCGUCUGUUGAAGAAAUCAAACAAGCUUAUCGCGAGCUUGCCAUGAAAUGGCAUCCUGAUAAGUGGACCAAGAAUCCUUCUUUGUUGGGGGAAGCCAAGAGCAAGUUUCAGCAGAUUCAAGAAGCUUAUUCAGUUUUGUCAGAUGAGAGAAAGAGAACUUUAUACGAUGUGGGCUUGUAUGAUCCUGCAGAGGAAGAAGAAGAGGUAAGUGAAUUGGGAUUUUCUGAUUUUGUGCAAGAAAUGGUUUCUCUAAUGGCACAAACAAGAAAAGAGGAUAAAUGUUACAGUUUGGAGGAGCUACAGGCAAUGUUGAUGGAGAUGUCAGAAGGAUUUGGGGCAUCCUCGUGGUUGAAUAAUGAGUACUCAGUUCAAAGAGGACUCGUUGGGAAACAAGUGAAGCAACAAGCUCACUUUUCUGCUGGGAGAUUUAUGGAGCAAAUCAUACUUUUUGCAGAUGAAUUGAAGAUGAAAUUCUGAAAACAAAUGGUGGAUCACACAGUGUACAUGAAACGUUGGUAGCCAUAGAGGAACUGGGUUUCUUCUCUCUGGAGUAGGCCUUAUUCGGGAACUGAAAUUGUUGGGGUUUGUUGAAUUGGUGUAUUGUAACAAAUGUACUGAGAUGUGCUUAUUGGGUUUCGGAUACAAAAGAAUAAUAAAACUAUGUGUAUGUAGUAUUACUUGUGAAAGAAUCAUUUUGCUCUGAAA